GUGUAGUGCAGCUGAACCCUCCAAAGCCUCCAGUUUCUGAGGAACCACUUGAGGUUGGAAGCUUCACCAGAACAGCCACCGGAGAGAGUUUUGUGGUGAAACUUUCAAGCACAACUCCACCAACCUUCCCUCCUAACAGAAUCACAGAUCUGAGUGCUGAGAUCCAGGAGGACACUGUGUUUCUCAGCUGGACAGCACCUGGUGAGGACCUCGACCAAGGCACAGCUAAAUCUUAUGAGAUCAGGUGGAGCUUUGACCUUGAUAUGCUUCGAAACAGCUUCAGCAACGGUCAUGUAGUCAACACAGCUGCCGUCUCACCUCAGGAGACUGGGGACUGGAACUACAGUAUCAAAAGUCCACAACUUCAAUCUCUGACUGUAACAGCAACGAGUCAAGCGGCACGUGCUGAUGUUCCCCCUAUAACUGUCAAAGCCCACAUGAACCAGAAGUUCAGUGAUGGCACUAAACCCAUGACAGUGUUUGCUGAGGUUAGUCAGAAUUACAAGCCUGUAAUAAAUGCUGAAGUGUGGGCUACACUGGAGUCAGAUUCUGGACCUGCACAAACAUUACAACUCCUGGACAAUGGAGCAGGAGCUGAUGCUUUCAAAGAUGACGGUGUCUAUUCCAGAUAUUUCACAAAGAUGAAAAACGGGAGAAGCAGCUUGAAAGUAAGAGUGAAGAAUCGAGAUGGACAAGCCAGAUUUACUUUCCAAAAACGGGGUGGUGCGCCAUACGUACCUGGCUAUGUGAUAAACGGUGUGGUGGAGCUGAACCCUUUAAAACCUCCAGUUUCGUCAGAAUCGCUUGUAAUCGGAAGCUUCACCAGAACAGCCACCGGAGAGAGUUUUGAGGUUGUUCUUAAAAGCACAACCCCACCAAAUUUCCCUCCUAACAGAAUCACAGAUCUGAGUGCUGAGCUCCAGGAGGACACUGUGCUUCUCAGCUGGACAGCACCUGGUGAGGACCUCGACCAAGGGACAGCUAAAUCCUACAAGAUCAUGUGGAGCUUUGAACUUAAAAUGCUUCGAUUCAACUUCAGCAAUGCUCAUGAAGUCAACAUAUCCGGCAUCUCACCUCAGGAGGCCGGAUCAGUUGAACAGCAUUCAUUCAAUCUCAGUUUCCCAAUCCAAAAUGGCACAACCCUCUUCUUUGCGAUUCAGUCUGAGGACAAAGAACUUGUCAAAUCUGAAAUCUCUAACAUUGCUCAAGCUUCAAAGAUCCUCCCUCAUUCAAAACCCACAGAAGUGUUUGAGAUAGACCUGAAAUUUGUGUUUAUUGCAAUUGCUGUUUGUUUGGCCACUGUGGUGAUUAUUGGCAUUAUUGCGAUAACAACAUGGGCGUUGACACCAAGAAAACCUUCUUAGAC